AUGGCAGCAAACUCGAGAACGAGGAGUAUGAGCAGAAAGUUUUUUCUACUUCGUUGGAUUGAUAACCUGAGGGUUCCAACACCACGAAAUGAAAGCGCCCUAGAAAGAUCGGGUCGCGUCAAAGACGUAAUUUUUGCUAACAACUCGACUAAUGCCAGGAUAAAGGAACUGCUCCUUCACGCGUUCAGUGAUCAUUUGGAUGCCGACGAUCUGCCAAGGUAAGCUUACACUAUGAAAUAGUAACUCUUAAAAGAGGGUUUUCGAUGAAUCCUGAUGUAUUUGUAAUCAUGUAAAUUUCAGUUUGUAUUUCUACAAACCGGUGGGGACCACGACGCGGCUUCAGGAAGUGUGCUCUGGAGCAACAGUUUGUGGCCCGACGCUGAAAACACGUUUCAAAACGGCUACCAGAAUAUACAUGAGGAAAAGCAUAGGUAAAAUCGCCAUAAUAUUUCUAAUAACUGAUUUUUCUAUUUCGCGAACUAGGAUGCAUGAUACCUAUUCGUGGAUUUGCCCUUUGCUUGUCUCUUUGCUUUACCCGGCUUCAAGUGUUUGAACUUUUGAAACAAAGCGAGGGCUGUUGAACUUAGAUAUUGGUAGCCUGCACAGCCGUUUCUCCUCGCUCCUCGCCGCUGGUGACGUUUCGAGCUCCUUAGCGGCGAAGAGCGAGGAAAAACGGUUGUUGUUCGCUAAGAUAUCGUUAAUUCAAACAGUAUGCACUUUUAUCUUUAAAAUCAUAGUUAAUCGCGUUAUUCCUGGAUUAUUUCGACUUCUCAUUUGUGUAAAGGAAAUAUCACUAGGCCUCACGUCUCGUGACUUACAAGAACGAUUCUCGCGCUUAAUUGAUCCCAACGCGGACAAAAAGUUGAAACUCUUGGUUGAUUUUAUUUGCCUCCCCCUUAAGUUUAAAUUUUAUGAACCUUUUCCAAACUACGCUUUAGUUAACAACAAUGCACGGGGGCGGGGGCUGCAUUGUGCAUUCCCAAAAAUUCUAACUUUUUUGACCGCGGAAACCGGCCUUUCACAUGCUUUGAACCGCGGCAAUUAGUGAUUAUACUUUCACAAUUUCGUCAAGUCCGCAACAAUCGUUUAGGUUUAGGGAAGUUUUAGAUCCGAAAAGAUACCCUUUGCAGCUCUCGUGAAAAAAAAUUGUAUCUUUGAAGCAAGAACUGCAAUAGAUAUUCUCUUUUUUUCUUAGUCCGUCGAGCGAAACACACGAGACAUGCAAUUGACCACGUACGUUCCCGCGCGCGGUCUAGUCUAGUCUAGUCUGUCAUUUUCUUAUCCUUGACAUUAGUAUCCUUGCAUUUAGGUGGAGAUGCAAGUGCAUCCGGACAAUCAGGUAUUAAGAAAAAAAAAAAACCCAAUUAAAGAACUGGGAUUAUGUUUGUAAGAUAUUACUUUGUAGAAGAUUUGAGGAACGUAAAUGAUCGCCUAAGCGCCGCUGCGCUUAUUUCAUUUUCCCUGUUAUAAGUACGGCGCUUAUACAAGGGCGGAGCUUAUUCGAGAUUGGAACUUAUUCCAACUACGGGAAAAGCACUGAGGGAAAUAAAUUGAGAAUAAAUUGAAAAUAUGUACUCCUCGAACUGUUAUCAAGCGAGAAAGAUCAUCCUCUCUUGCUGUUAUAUAAAACCGGUUUCACGAGUAGGACGAAGGCUAUAUUUCUCAAGCGAUAUGGUUUCGAUCUUUUUAUAUCAAACGCCGUGACAAAAAAAGUGGGGCGUUAGUUUGUAAAUAGCCAAAUUAGCGCCGCGGCGCUUAUUCGAGUAGCGACGUUAAAUCGAUCAUUUAGGGUACUUGAGAGUUAACUACCUGUUUACCGGUUGUAAUACUGUAUUUUCAAAAGAUACAGAAAAAACAUUGUUUACAACAAAAAAACAAUGAGGUUUUCGUUCAAAAAGUCUGUCUCAUCAAGACGAACUGUUGGAGAUAUCGAGCCUCUUUGUGGCGAGCUUUGAGAUUCCAGAAACCCUAGGGUCGAGUUUAGUUUCGGCACUUUCGGGAUCCGCGCAGCAUAGCCUGUUCCAGGCAAGACGAAUGAUCCGGAACAGGACUUCGACGUACCAAAAACAACUACACAUGGAUGUUAUUUUGUUGUAAAGAACAUGGGUAAAGGUAAAGUUAAUCUUUGUCAAUCUCCUAAAGUAACUCAUCCUUUUCUAAAAUCUAUUUUCAGGUAGAGAUGAAGGGGAUACUGUCGAUCGGGCUGACAAUGAAGGUAAGCCUAACUAAUAAUAAGCUUUUAUGAAGUUAAGCUUAAUUGAAAUAAGCUAUUACGUCUCAAGUUAUUCUUUUAGCGUUCGAUAUCACUUUCUUUUGGUCCAUGAGUUAUGAGUCAAUGAGUCAGACAUCAACAGUAGUCUAGUAAUGAUGUGCCGACCAUGGGCCAGUGGUGGAUCCGAGGUUACUGCACGACGGAGUACUUAGUAUUUACAGCUGAUAAUUACUGUUAUAAUUAUAUAAACACUGAGCAUAUGUCGUCAUUUUUUCAAUUACAUUGUUGUGCCAUGGUAAAGUAACGCAUAAUUUUAACUCAUUAUUAAAAAAUAAUAUUAUUGCCAAAACAAAUUUUAGAUCAAGACGUCUCGACUGCUCCAGGGGAUGCAGAUGAUGCACCAGCAGAGCCAGGGCCUUCUGGAGAGAGUGAGUGCAAUGAAUAGAGCUUUGCUUUUUACUUAAAAAACUUCAUAACAGUCGUCCCUCACAAUCCCCCCUAUCCUUUGUUGUCAGAUGAUCCAGGUGCUCCAGAUUGGACCGUUCCCCCCUGUCUCCAGAUUAGAAUUUAAACCAAUCAGAUCAAAUGAUUGUUAUACAAUGCCAAUAACAUCUUUUUCAAGAUGUCAUUCACAAAAUUAAUGCUAAUGAGACUCAAUGGUUAUUUUUUGGCACAAAUGAUGUCAUUGGUAGACGCGUCCCCUCUAUCAUAUCCCAUCCAUAAUUCUCAAUAUUUGAAGACAAAUGACAGAGUCGACAGCCCUGCCAUAUCCCCUCACCUUGUGUGAUGAAUUCAUGCAGCCCCUGUUCAAGCAAAUAAAUACUUGUUCUGACAUACUGACUGUAUAAUUCAACUGUAUGAAAAGGCACUUGAGUACAUCCUCUGGAUUUUGCCCAUCUCUGGUGAGGCUAUGAAUGAAAUGACUUUUUAAGUAGGGGGUGUAGGUAGACCUAUGUGUAGGUAUGACAGGCUUGUAACCAUGCAGUUGAACUUCACUGUGGUGAUGUUCUGGUUAGAAAUUAAGAUCAAAGUAUUGAUCAUGUACUGUUAUUCAGAUAACGAAAGAGUGGAUUAUGAAGCUUUGGCAAUCCCAGGGACAUCUGGCGAGAGUAAGUGCAUCCCUUGUAAAAAUUUAUUAGCGAUCGCUGUCAAAAUCGCGUAGCGUUUUUGGCCGGAUUUCGCGGCGCGAUCGCUGCGUUAUUCGCGGAGCGAUGGGAGCGAUCGCGGCGCGAUCGCUGUCAUCAAUCGCUUAGCGUUUUUGGCCGGAUUUCGCGGCGCGAUGAGAGCGAUCGCUCAGCGAUCGCUGUCGUCGAUCGCUUAGCGUUUUUGGCCGGAUUUCGCGGCGCGAUGAGAGCGAUCGCUGAGCGAUCGCUGUCGUCAAUCGCUUAGCGUUUUUGGCCGGAUUUCGCGGCGCGAUGAGAGCGAUCGCUGAGCGAUCGCUGUCAUCAAUCGCUUAGCGUUUUUGGCCGGAUUUCGCGGCGCGAUGAGAGCGAUCGCGCCGCGAUCGCUGUCAUUAAUCGCUUAGCGUUUUUGGCCGAAUUUCGCGGCGAGAUGGCAGUGAUCGCUCAGCGAUCGCUGUUCUCGAUCGCUUAGCGUUUUUGACCGAAGUUCGCGGCGCGAUUGGAGCAAUCGCGCCGCGAUCGCUGUCAUUGAUCGCAGAUGGUUUUCGGCCGAAUUUCUCGUUGCGAUCACGGUCCGAACGAAAAAGACAUAAAUGAGUAUUUCUUAUCUCAGAAGAAGAGCAGUGAGCUGAAAUUUGUCCUGAAAGUUGCAGUAACAUUUUACUAACUUGUGACAAACGGAGAGCUUCUGAGCUUUGCCGAAAAUCGUGCAUCAUAGAAAAUGACCGCUCCGUUUGAAAGCUCCUGGUCCGGCCAGUGGUUCCGGCCACUUUGGCUACUUUAAUUGGAAGCCGACAUCAAAAGUGCGUAAAAAGAAACCUUCCAAGCACCAUCUGAUCUAAAUUCCUGUAUAAUUUUUAUAGGCUGCUCACUUAAAAUUCGAAACCAAACUGAGAUUUCUGUGUAAAGAGCUAACGUUUGGUCUCUCGAAGAAACUAAACCGUGAAAAGGUCAAUUCGCCACCAUUUUAAAUGAAUUCAAUCAAAGUUUAGAGGGAAAAAAUAUUUGUCGUCGCUUGUUUACGUCCUCAAGAAACACCUCCCAUCACCAAAAUGUUGUCCAAGUCAUGCCGCGACCGAAAAGCGUGCGUCAUAAUGCACGUGCAGGACGUGCAGAGUAAUGUUUUCCUUGUUAGGCCCAUUGCUUGCCAAGUUUUUUGACUUUGCUAAAUGCUACAGCUCCCAAAUGAAAUAUAAGUUUCAUUUUAUGGCCUUCUAUAUCACUGCUUAAUAAAUAAAGUGCAGUGUUACUUGGAAAUUUUCAAACAGGCUUUCCCCUUUUCAAUCACUAUUUGGCUAGUUUGGCCGGACCAAGGACAUAGUACGCAAAAUUUAUUUUGGAAUAUUAUCUAAACUUUGGUUUUAAAAUUCAACCAGUCGACCGAAUUUUUUUUUGCAAAUCGAAAGAACAUUUCUUGUACGCCGUGUACACCAAAAAUUAGCUUUCUUAACACUUAAUUGCAUACCUGAACUAAAAAUGCAUACAAGUAAUUUAAGGCGCCAUAAAAAAGCAAAAAUAACAGAACAAAAUUCACCUACGACAAUCGAGCUUCAGAAGGCAAACAGAUCAAUAAAAAAUCGGAAAGUUUCGUUUGUAGUUUAACCUUAUUUUCUUCCCGAAAAUUACGUACAUCACAAAUUAAAACGGGCCGGAACUUAUCCGAACUUGUCUAGGAAAGAUCGAAGCUACUCAGUCUGCAAGCAGGGUAGUAUAAAUCAUGUCAAGAUAAAGCUAAAUUUUCAACUUAAACGGAUCUAUAUAGGGAAUGAAUUUUCAAAAGAAAGGUCGUAUGUGAGAGUUCAGUGAAUCGUGUUUUUUAUUUUUAGCUAAGUGUGAGCAGAGUAAAACGUUUUAUAUCCUGAAGUAUUGAGAUAAUGAAACCGCCUAUAUGCAUUGAUUUCUUUUCUUUUGAUCCACUUGUCCAUGUCUUCAGAUAGGUUCAUCCUAUUAGGGAUAAAAAUAUUUUUUCUUUUUUUCUCACGCUAAUGAUAUGUUUCAUGUUCAUUUACCGUGCUUAAAUAUUCUCACUGAAAUUCUCCCUACUUCUUUAUUAAGCCAAUUUAAUGUGACGUCCCACAUGUUUUGUCUUCAGCCUAAACGUUAACUUUGAAAUUUACAUAAUGUACAAACUGAGUACUCACAACUGUUGUCUUUGCCAGAUUAAUUGUUGCUGCAGAAUAUUCAAGAGGCCAUCAUGGCUCUUGGUAUAUUGCCAUGUUUAUGCCCCACAGUACGUCCAGAGCGGUUUUCCUGUUGAGAAAUUAAAACCAGUUAACCAAGAGAGUUAUUCCCGAAAUCAGAGUAUUGAAAUAUUCAAAUUAAGACAAAUCACUGAGUUGUCCAGCUCAAGUAGCUUAAGACUUACACCCCUCGAAGGAUAUAAAAAAAUGAGCUUAAAAAACGAAGGCUCCAAAAUCAGAAGUUUUGCUUUCUCGAACUAUUAAAAGGUAGCUCGAAUUUUUUUUAGCUUUUGUUUGUUUGAGAAGCCUAAUAAAAAGGCUAACCUUAAUUGUGUUAUAAACUAUGAAAAGUGCCGGAAAGGAUAAAAUCGACAACACCGAAUGAAUAUCAAGCUUAACCUUAAUUAGGUUUAAAAUUAAACUUAGUGAUAAUAAGAAGUGAGUAGACUUACCUUUUUAAGUAUGUUUCUUUGUUUGAACUUUCAACAUGUCAAAAGAAUCAUGAAGAAAAAUUUUCCAAUGUUUAAACAGCAAUAAACGGCCAUUGCCAAUUGCAUGACAAGUGAAAUUGAGAGCAAUUUUCUUUUUCAAGGUACGCGUCAGCCUUGAAUCUUGGCCACCCGCGUCGCAGUGGCGGGAAAUCGGAUCUUGGAAUCCAGUCCCCAAGGGCGCGAUCCAUUCAACCAAAAUUUCCGGAAUAUUUCGGUCCAAAACUUAAUAUUGGAUCGGUUCGGUCCAACCGGAAAAGUUUCGAAAAAAUUGGUCCACCUUUUUAGGUGGACCAAUUUUCCCGGUCGGACCGGUUGGAAUUUUGGUUGAAUGGAUCGCACCCCAAUACUCUGCAUUAAACCGUCACGUACAUGCAGGAUUCAUUUCUGUUAUUAAGGACCAUUAAGUAAAAAUCAUGUUGAUUACAUCCUUAUAUACAGCAGCUUAAGGCCUGGAGCGUAACAGAAAUUCAUCCUUGGGCUUAAAAUGACUCAGUUAGAGGUGAGCGAGAAAAGGUUUCCUAGCUUUUUGCUAAUGUAACUCUGGUCAAAAACACAAGGAAAACCGUGCCUUCUCUAGAAACCGAUAAAGUUAUAACAAACUGAAAAUAACUGUUAUUAUAAGCUUAUAGUUUUUCCGAAUGUUCGACCUCCCGAUAUUGAUACAUUUCUGUAGUCUUUUAGUUACUUAACUUUCCAGUGUUUUAUUAUAAUAUUAUUACUAUUUUGCCUGCCCUAAUAAUUUUCACAAUCGCAAGUUUUGAAGAACAACAUAAUGGAAUAUAAAAAUAAAAUAAUAUGCCCGGCAGCCGGGAAGGGUCUAAGCUGCACGGCAGUCAGAAUGUUUUUUUGAUUUUCUUCAAAAUCUUUUUUUCUAAAUAAUUAUAAUCGUUUGAAAGUAUUAUAUCUUCGUUUAGAAUUACCAAGGGAUUAGGAAAACAGGAAUGGCUUAGCAGUAGAGCGUUUGUGGUUUCUUGGGCAUAGAGCCUGAGAGUCGACGCCGUUUCGACACUUAGAAACAUUCGAGACUCACGAGUACGUUUUCGCACAGGCUAAAUAUCCGGCAGUUUGAAAGCCAUCUGGAAAGUUAGAAAGCCUGUUAGUAAGCCAAAGGAUGCAUACUAGCCUCGAUUAGUUUUCCAAAGCAAUAACGAAAAUAUUAAGUGCUUUCAUGAUGAAACCUUAGAGUCAAUGCACUGUGUGAAUCAACUAACGUGUGGAAAAAAAGGGUGCAAAGGCAACCGCAGUGCGAAUUACGGCCCAUAACAAACGGGAAAGGCGGUCCCUGAUAACACCAAAUUAAAUAUAGCCAGUUAUAAAAAAAAACAACUAACGAGUCACGAACGAUAAGGAAUAACAAGACGAGCUAGUAACCAGACUAAAAGGGGCGUAAAAGACGUGAGAGCUCAAACAGAAUAAUAACCAUACGACUAACUUAUAACAGAAAUCGCGACGAUAACUGUGAUCCUCGGUUAUCUCCUUCGCGAUGUAAAUGGCACUGAGAUUGCGGACGCGAACUUAAUUAGAAUUGAUCGUGAUCACCACGUGGCGAUCGCGAUUACUGCACCACGAUCGAGAGCAAUAUGGCACUCGACGAUCGCCGAUUACAACUUAACUAAAUCGCACCGCGAUCGCAAUCACCACUUCGCAGUAAGUACAAUGCCCCUGCGAUCGCGAUUACCAAACCGGGAUCGUAGUCCUGACAUAUAAAUCACGCAUUUGACUUUACUAAAUCAAGCCGCGAUAAGUACAAUGUCGCUGCCAUCGCGGAUACUAUUUUUCAAAAUUGCACGACCCCAUCAGCUGCUUAGCGUUUAAUAUCAUGGAGCUAAAAUAAAAACUGUCUGUCUUCGCGAUCGCAAUCAUCUUCCUGCGAUCACGAUCAUUCCGCUGAGAUCGCUAUAACUUCGCCACGAUCGCUCUAUCUUCACCAUCCUGACCCUGAGAUCGCGGAUAAUAUUUUUCUGAAUCGCGCCGCGAUCGUAAUCUUCUUCCUGCGAUCACGAUCAUCGGGCUGAGAUCGUUAUAACUCCGCCGCGAUCGCAAUUUCAUCGCCAGCAUCGCAAUCCUAACCUUGGGAUCGCAGAUACGACUUUUCAAAAUUGCGCCGCGAUCGCGAUCAUCUUCCCGCGAUCACGAUCAUCACGUUGAGAUCGCUAUAACUUCGCCGCGAUCGCUCUAUCUUCCCCGCGAUCGCGUUCACCACGCCGCGAUAAGUACAAUACCGCUGCGAUCGCGAUUUCAUCGCCAGGAUCGCAAUCCUGACUCUGAGAUCGCGGAUAAUAUUUUUCUGAAUCACGCCGCGAUCGUAAUCUUCUUCCUGCGAUCACGAUCAUCGUUCUGAGAUCGUUAUAACUUCGCCGCGAUCGCGAUUUCAUCGCCAGCAUCGCAAUCGUGACCUUGGGAUCGCAGAUACGAUUUUUCAAAAUUGCGCCGCGAUCGCGAUCAUCUUCCCGCAAUCACGAUCAUCGCGUUGAGAUCUCUAUAACUUCGCCGCGAUCGCGAUCACUACGCCGCGAUCGCGAUCAUCGCGUCGCUAUUGCAAGCGCGAUUUACUUCGCGAUCGCUGAUAUCGCGCCGCGAUCAAAAUCAUCGCGCCGCGAUCGCGAUCACCGCGUCGCGAUCGCGAUCAUGGCAUCGCGAUCGCGAUCACCGCGCCGCGAUCGCUAUAACCUCGCCGCGAUCGCGAUCACCGCGUCGCUAUCGCGGGCGCGAUUAAUCUAAAUCGCGCCGCGAUAUGCACAAUCGCGCCGCGAUCGCUGCCAUCGCUCCGCGAUCGCGGUCAUCGCGGCGCGAUCGCGGCGCGAUCGCUAAUAAAUUUUUACAAGGGAUGUAUUAAUUAUUACUACAAUACAAUACAAUACAAUACAAUGUUCUUUAUUUUGAGAGGGUAGAUAUACAUGAUUAACCCAGUUAAGAGUUUUCUAACACAUGGCCCUCUAUUACUGUCAGACAGCUGUCAAUUACAUUGAAGUUCAAUAUACAGAGCAAUGCAGCCUCAAAUAAACAAUAGAGCUCUCUUGUAAAAACUCCAUAAAGAAUGGUACCCUCUAUAUAGCGACACAAGCAUAUUAAAAAUAUUAAGCUUAUGUCAUAAAUUGCUUAUAAGUGAAGACAACCACACAAGUUAAGGCUUUUCUCCUAUGCUUCAGGCUGAUGUUCCGGUUAUUUGAACAUUCAUUUUGAUAAGCAUAAGUUUCGAUCAAAACUUUUAGCUCACAAAAUUAAAGGAGCAAACUUUUGGGACACUCUGUAUUGUACGUCCUCUUUGGAUAAAUAUUUAGAUGAGAUAAAUUCGAAUGGAUACAAAAGCGGGCUUUUGGUAUACAUAUAUGCCAUGCUUAUUAAAAUUUCGGGUGCAUACUAGAAGAGAGGCUGUUGGUUCCCCUAUACUGUACCACAGUAUAAAGUUCCACAGUGGCUGCCCAUCAUAGUGUGCAUGUACAUAUGUCAUUGUAAUACAUCCUGUCAUCUUAUUGGUUACCCUUAUAGGUACUUCAAGAAAUACAGGGAUUGUUCACACAGGUGCGCAGUAAAUGUAAUUCAUAGGGCAUUGUUUGUUAAAAGAUAAAACCAUGAAAUCAAUGUGAUGAAUAUUGCUGAUGGGGUUGUUAAGGCAUGCAGCUAACAAAUGUCCAAAGUUUACACCUGAUACCUUUCAUGUGCCAACUGUAAAAAAAUUAUUCAAUGAAAAACACAAAGUAAUUAAUAUUAGGUACCUUUUUUUAAUUGCCCAUUUUAGUUGACAGCAGUGAUGAGGAUAGUGCACCGCCACCACGUGUAUAUCACUCAACACCUGAAAGAUCCAACCAGUGUCUGCCAGGUACAGAGAAACCCCACUAUAUCAAACCCCACCAUAAUAAAGACACUGUCAUGCAUAGUGAAAAACAGCCGAAAAACCAAAUUUCAGUAACGUAUGUACAAACAAACCCAGCCAUAAAUAAACCCAACUAUCUUAAAUAAAUAGAUUCUGACAGAAUUUUUGACAAUAACUUAAGGGUAUAAGUUAUUGAAGUUCAAUAAGCCUAUGGAAUGUUCCUUAUUUCAAUACAGUUAAAUCAAUCUUUUGAAUACUUGAUACAGUCUGAGGGUGUUUUUAAACUUGAUCUAAGCUCAUUGUCUGACAGUUACCAAGUACUGAUCACUGAAACUUUAUUAACUUUAUAUGUAGUUGAAAACAGUUUGCAUUGAUUAUUUUAAAUAUAACUAAUACUUUUGAACUGCAUGAGUAACCACUGUACAUUCAUUAAAUUUGUCUGUUUUCUGUUGAUAUAAAGAUCCCAACACAAUGGCUGGUUGGAUCACAUGUACUGUAUAUGGUAGGUAGUCUCACAUGAGGUAGUUAGUCAAAUUAUGCUAAUUUCGAUUAUAAUUAUGAUUUAAUUUGCCCAGUUUCAGUGAUUUGAUUGUACUAUUAAAAAAACAUGUAUAUACGUAUACUACUGUGGGAACUGUCUAAUAUUUUUAGGACAAAACAAAACUUGCCUUUUUCUUGUCAAUUUCGUUCUUUAGCGGGGAAAAUAUUGCCACAAUCAGCUGAGUCAUUCAAGCGCUCAGUGUAAAAGACUAUUGUUUGCCCAUGCAAAUGAGUACUGACAACAAUACUCCCAUUUUUUCCUAACCUUAAAAACAAUUGUCAGCAAACAGUCAACAGUCUGCAUUUUACACUGCCCUAUUAUUCAAGAGACCAUUUAGCCAAAAGCCGCUUGCAGUUUAUUAACCAAAAAGGAAACAAAGCAAGUUUUUUUUUCCACUUGUGAUUUCUAUGCAUUUAUUGAAAGGACUCUUUGAGGUUGACGACGUUGAAUAAUUAUGAUCCUUUUGGAAUAUAUCAAAACACCAAUCUUUAUUAUAAAGUAAGAAACUUUUGGAAUGUUUGUUUGUACAUAGCUCAAUACACGUAAAACAUUCCCUGAAAGGAAUUUGACUUAAAUCUGUUUGGUAUUGCUCAGAUGGCAUUGUAAAGACAGCCAUACUAGGCUAUCCCUGCAGUGAGCAAGCAUCUUGGGAGAGAGAUGCUGUACAAGGUAAAUUAAGCCUUUGAUACAUUUUGUACAUUUGAUACUUUGGGUUAUAAAGCACUGUGGAGGCUUCUUUUGGCCAACUGUUAUAAUUUUCGGCUCCUUAUGUCAUUAAGUAGAGGUAAUUGAAAUGGCUCAAUCACAUGAAGACCCCCUUGAUGGCAAUUGAAUAGUUUUUCCACACUUAAACUAUUAUAAAUCCAAUUCAAUAAUGAUCUCAGAGUCCUGAGCCUUUGAUUGUACCUCCCUUCUUCCUUAAGCCCUUCAUGACAUACAUGUACAGAAAGGCAUAAAAUUGUGUUUUCUUACCUCAAUAAUAGUCUUAUUGCUCAAGUUAUAAAGAUUAUUAUUAAAAAAAGUCUUUAGAAAAUCUGUGUUACUGCAAUAAGUACUAAGUGGUUUUUUGUUUAUUCAUAAGUUGGAGAGAUAAAUGAGGAGGCAAAUAGUCUCUACGGAGCAGAACUUGGUACGUACGUUUCACUUCAACUGUAUAGUAUUAUUACUUUUUGCUAAUUCUGUUUAAACCUUUGACCUUCAAACCGAUUAUUGGUUUUCCGCAAUGGUUCUCUCACAACCCAGCCCAUUUUGUGUAGUUAUUUUAGCCUGGAUCACCAUUCCUGAGAAAUGAACUGUACGCUUUACCCAUGCACCUUCGACUCGCCAUUAUUAUUACUGACUGACCUUGCCAUUAGGGAUAAUUUAAUUACAGAUAUUUUCUGAGUCAUUAAAUUUUUCAUUUUGUUAUUAAAAGCAAAAUGAAAUACCAUAUCAUUAAUACAUGCACAAUUACGUGCAGCUUCUAUUUAUAAAUCAGCCGGUAUAUAAUAAAACGAACGCAUACAGUCUUGCACAAUCAUAUACAUUUUUGAUGAUAUGCAUAUUAUUAUCAAAAACAUACACAAGGAUUAUUAAAUUAUUAUUGUCCAUAUUAUUGGUUCAGUGGCAGUUGCACCUUACAUCACUACAAUAUACGUGAAGAAUUCUCUACAUAAACUCCCAUGUGCUCCUAAGUCAAUUGAUUGCACUCACAGCCAUGCUAUACAACUGAUCAUGUUAACAAUAACUUUGUAUUAAUAGUAACACUACUUUUCCAAUUAUAAUUAUUACCCAAUCAUGUAAGCUUGUGCUAUUUGAAAUUAUACACAGAUGCAUGCUCAUAUGGUUCCUCAUUUGACUUGAGGUUAAUGGAGGAGCUUCUCCAGUUGAAUGGAGUGACACAAAGACUUUUACCUUUAUGUUUGGCACCUUCACAGGUAUGUGUUAGUUAGUGCAUACACAUGCAAGGAUUUGUUGUUUAAUGGACGUGGUAAUCUGAAUCACCUUUUUGUAAAAAAGUCAUCAUUUCAUACACUGUAUUUCAUAGGUUCGAUUACAGAGUCAUUACGACUCCACACCGGUCUGUAUCCUAAGAUACAGGCCAACCAAAGAGGCAGCGGAAAUUUUAAGGUAGGCAUAGAAUGGGUUAUUGUAAAUGUUAUAUAUUUAUUGUAUUGUGUAAAGGAGAGAGAAGGGUACCAGCUUUGUGUAUAAGUUUUGGCUUCUUCACAGAACAUUAAGAUCCAAUGUGUGUAAACUAAUGAAAUAGACAUUAAGGGGCUUCAAAUAACUUCUAAAUAAGCUGCAAAAGAAGAAAAGGGGGCAAAUUCCAGGUUAUUUUUCUUCUUCUCACAUAAUCAUAUACUAUGAAAACAGAACUUCCUGUUGUUUUUUUGCUCCUAGUAAGUGCAAAAAAAGCAGUUGCUGGAAUUGCAUGCAAUGUGAGAAGGCCCAUACAAUGUACCUGAAUGACAAGAGAUAAUAUAUUUUAAAAUUGUUUUCGGUAAUUCACUUUGAGAAUUGUUAUGGUUCAAAGGUGAAACAAGAAAACCCAGUCGAUGAUUGUGACUUCCCUGUCCACUAGUAUAUAGUCUUUGUUUUCCCUGCUCACUUUGUUUAUAUGCCAAGAUUAAUUUGAUUGCCUAGCUAUUUGAGGCUGAUGAGUUAUGUUAUUUGAACUUGUGAACGUAACUGCGUGACUUGGUAGAUUCGACAAGAACUAAUAUUAACUUCUUUAUACAUCUUUUAUUGACAGAGAACUGAUGUCAGAAUGCAGUGACGUUUAA